GCGCUGCUCCUGGCGCUCGGCGCGCUCUUGCCCCCGGUUCUCGGGGCCACCGCGCCGCGGGGAGCGGUCCAGGCGCAGCCGCCCCAGGCGCGGGUGAGUGCCACUCAGCCCAGCAGCAUGGUGGUGGAACAUCCCGAGUUCCUCAAGGCAGGCAAGGAGGCCGGCCUGCAGAUCUGGCGAGUGGAGAAGUUCGAUCUGGUGCCUGUGCCCCCCAACCUUUAUGGAGACUUCUUCACUGGUGAUGCCUAUGUCAUCCUGAAGACAGUGCAGCUGAGGAAUGGGAAUCUGCAGUAUGACCUCCACUACUGGCUGGGCAAUGAGUGCAGCCAGGACGAGAGUGGAGCAGCUGCCAUCUUCACCGUGCAGCUGGAUGACUACCUGAACGGCCGGGCCAUCCAGCACCGUGAGGUCCAAGGGUUCGAGUCCUCCACAUUCCUUGGCUACUUCAAGUCUGGCCUCAAGUAUAAGAAAGGAGGUGUGGCAUCAGGAUUCAAGCACGUGGUCCCCAACGAAGUGGUGGUGCAGAGACUAUUCCAAGUCAAAGGAAGGCGCACGGUCCGUGCCACUGAAGUGCCGGUGUCCUGGGACAGCUUCAAUAGUGGUGACUGCUUCAUCCUCGACCUGGGCAGUAAAAUUUACCAAUGGUGUGGCACCACCAGUAACCGAUAUGAGAGACUGAAAGCCACCCAGAUAUCCAGGGGCAUCAGGGACAAUGAACGAAGUGGCCGGGCCCAAGUGCUCGUGUUUGAGGAGGGUGCUGAGCCUGAGGCAAUGAUCCAGGUAUUGGGUGUCAAGCCAACUCUACCUCCAGGAAGUGAAGACACAGCCAAGGAGGAUGCAGCCAACCGCAGACUGGCCAAGCUCUACAAGGUCUCCAAUGGUUCAGGCACCAUGUCAGUCUCCCUUGUGGCUGAUGAGAACCCCUUCGCCCAGGCGGCCCUGAACUCAGAAGACUGCUUCAUCCUGGACCAUGGCACAGAUGGGAAAAUCUUUGUCUGGAAAGGCAAGCAGGCCAGCACUGAGGAGAGAAAAGCUGCCCUCAAAACGGCCUCUGACUUCAUCUCCAAGAUGGGCUACCCCAAGCAGACCCAGGUGGCCAUCCUUCCCGAUGGUGGCGAGACCCCACUGUUCAAACAGUUCUUCAAAAACUGGCGGGACCCAGACCAGACAGACGGCCCAGGCCUGGCCUACCUCUCCAGCCACAUUGCCAAUGUGGAGCGGGUGCCCUUCGAUGCUGCCACCCUGCACACCUCCACUGCUAUGGCUGCCCAACAUGGCAUGGAUGAUGAUGGCACAGGCCAGAAACAGAUCUGGAGAAUUGAAGGAUCCGACAAAGUGCCUGUGGACCCGGCCACGUAUGGACAAUUCUACGGUGGUGACAGCUACAUCAUUCUGUAUAACUACCGCCAUGGAGGCCGUCAAGGGCAGAUCAUCUACAACUGGCAGGGGGCCCAGUCUACCCAGGAUGAAGUUGCUGCAUCUGCGAUCCUGACCGCUCAGCUGGAUGAGGAGCUGGGAGGUACCCCUGUCCAGAGCCGUGUUGUCCAAGGCAAGGAGCCUGCACAUCUCAUGAGCCUGUUUGGUGGGAAGCCCAUGAUCAUCUACAAGGGUGGCACUUCCCGUGAUGGUGGGCAGACUGCACCUGCCAGUACCCGCCUCUUCCAGGUCCGGGCCAGCAGCUCUGGAGCUACGCGUGCCGUUGAGGUGCUUCCUAAGGCUGGUACACUGAACUCCAAUGAUGCCUUUGUCCUGAAAACACCCUCAGCUGCCUACCUUUGGGUGGGCACAGGGGCCAGUGAGGCUGAGAAGACAGGGGCCCAGGAGCUGCUCACGGUGCUUGGGGCCCAGCCCUUGCAGGUGACAGAAGGCAGUGAACCAGACAGCUUCUGGGAGGCCCUGGGUGGAAAAUCUGCCUACCGCACAUCUCCAAGGCUGAAGGACAAGAAGAUGGACGCCCACCCUCCUCGCCUCUUUGCCUGCUCCAACAAGAUUGGACGUUUUGUGAUUGAAGAGGUUCCUGGAGAGCUCAUGCAGGAAGACUUGGCCACUGAUGAUGUCAUGCUUCUGGACACCUGGGACCAGGUCUUUGUCUGGGUUGGAAAGGAUUCUCAAGAAGAGGAAAAGACAGAAGCCCUGACUUCCGCUAAACGUUACAUUGAGACAGACCCAGCUAAUCGGGAUAGGCGAACCCCAAUCACCAUCGUGAAGCAAGGCUUUGAGCCUCCCUCCUUUGUGGGCUGGUUCCUUGGCUGGGAUGACAACUACUGGUCCGUGGAUCCAUUGGAUAGAGCUUUGGCUGAGCUAGAAGCCUGA